UGAAUUCGUUCCGUCCUAAAAUAAUUGUCUUGUUUUAUUACAACAAAUAGGACAAUCGUGUCGGGAUGGAGGGCAAUAAUUAGGUUGAGUUUUUCAAAACUCGGAAGUGUUUAGCAUUUUCAGAGCCAGAAUCAGCCUAAUCAUGGGAAGUUACUGGUCCUUCAGGCUUAUGGUUAUGGUGGCACUUCUUACUGUAUCAAUCACAUUCAAAUCAGCAAAUUCAGACCCACAAAUCACUUUGCUAAAUGAGGGAUGCAACACGAAGUACCGUGCUGAUAAUAUCACAAAUUUUGGCAUCAAUUUUAAUAAGUCUUUAGCUGAUCUAAGGAACCAGAUAUCAGGAGGUAACACACAUUUUGCCACAGCACAGGAAGUGUGGACUUCGGACCCGGUUUUCGUGUUGUUCCAAUGCAGGGAUUACCUUUCUAUUGCUGAUUGUGUUUCUUGCUUUGAUACUGCUUCUUCCCAAAUCCAGGAAUGCUAUCCUCAUAAUGGAGCUCGUUUUUUAUAUGAUGGUUGCUACCUCAGGCAGGAGGCUUCAUUUUUCUUUGACCAGGCCACUAAUUCAGGAAAUGGUCAGAUUUGUGGCAAUCAAACAGCAUCACAGCCAACAGAUUUUCAAACUCAGGCUGAAGCUUUGUUACAGGACCUCAAACUCGCUACACCUCAAAUGGAAGGAUUCUUUGCUGCAUCAAAGAGGCAAUUGGGCAAUGGUAGUGAUGCAGUUUACGCGGUGGCUCAAUGCACCGAAACAGUCAGCAAGAGUGGAUGUGAAUUCUGCUUGAAGCAGGUAUAUGACUAUAUAGAUGUCUGUUUACCGAAUACAGACGGAAGAGGUUUUGAUGCAGGCUGUUUUAUGAGGUAUUCAGCAACUCCUUUCUUUGCUGACAACCAGACAACCAACAUCAUUCCUUAUCUAAGAGCAAAAGGAGGAAACUCAAACAAAAGGAAGACAAUUAUUCUUGGAGCUGUUGUUGGUGUCGGCCUUCUCCUAGUUAUACUUGCUUUCUUGUUAUGGCAUCAACUAUACAGAAAAACGAAGAAAAUUGAGAAAAGUAAUAUCUUUGGUACAACAGAAAUACGUGGUCCUGUAACCUACAACUACAAGGUUCUGAAAUCGGCAACAAGAAAUUUCAGUGAAGAAAACAAACUUGGUGAAGGCGGUUUUAGUGAGGUGUACAAGGCAACUAUGAGAAAUGGUAAGGUGGUUGCAGUCAAGAAGCUAAACAUAAAUUUUGGAAAGGCAAAAGCAGACUUUGGAAGUGAAGUGAGACUUAUUAGUAAUGUUCACCAUCGAAAUCUUGUGCGCCUACUUGGAUACGCUAACAAAGGAGCAGAGCUGCUCCUCGUGUACGAAUACAUGGCAAACGGAAGCUUAGAUAGAUUUUUAUAUGGAGAGAAAAGAGGACAUUUGGAUUGGAAGAAGCGGUUUGACAUUAUAUUUGGCAUAGCUAAGGGACUUGCUUACUUGCAUGAACAGUUUCAUGUCUGCAUUAUUCAUCGGGAUAUUAAGUCCAGCAAUAUCUUACUAGAUGAUGAUUUUCAGCCGAAGAUUGCUGAUUUUGGGUUGGCAAAACUUUUGCCUGAAGAUCGGACUCAUUUAAGCACUGGAUUUGCCGGUACCUUGUAUGUAUAUUAAUUCAUGCCUUUCACAACCUAGCUAGAAUCAUGAAACCAUUGAUCAAUUAUACAGAUAAAUUGCUGAGGCCCUUUAAUGCAUCUCAAGUUCUUAACCGAUCAUCCAUCCAAAACCACUAAGCUGACUGUUCAUUUCUUUUUGAAAAUUAUAUCAUGAUCAACAAUGCUUAUAUGCUUAUAAAUCUUCAAAAAUUGAGCAACUGCUUUUGCAACAGGGGCUAUGUAGCACCAGAAUAUGCAGUUCAUGGACAUUUGUCUGAGAAAGUUGACACUUAUGGAUUUGGCAUUGUGAUCCUUGAAAUAAUAAGUGGCAGGAGAAGCAAUAACACGGCGGUUGCACCUCUCAGUGUGUCCCUUCUCGAUCAGGUACGGUUCAAGUAGAGUUAAUCUUGUUGUCUAUAGUUUAUUCUGUUUAGUUUCUCUGUUAAUGCCAGUUUCAAUGGUGGUGACAGGCAUGGAAGCUUUAUGAGUCCAAGACUCACCUACAGUUGGUGGACAAAACUUUGGACCCUAAGGAUUACGAUGCUGCUGAAGUGAAGAGAGUCAUCGACAUCGCUUUGAUCUGCACUCAAUCACAACCUUCUGAGAGGCCUACCAUGUCUGAGGUGGUCAUCAUGUUGUCAAGUGAUCACUCAAUCGAAGAAUGUCGACGCUCUAAUAGUAACAUCAGUUCUGAUACAAAGUUAUAUAUAGAAGAGACUCAUUGACAUCAAAUAGAACUGCACAAUCAAACUCUAACUCCACAACACCAAUUAAAUAGCUCGCUUCGGAUACAACAUGAUUACUUGACUCAGGAAUGUUUACUAAUUGUAAAGUUGAUGGAACAAAGUUUUAGAACCUAUUACUUGUUCUUGGAGCAGUUUUCAAUAGAAAUGUAUAGAUGGCAGAGAUUUUAGGGGUUUUUUUUUGUGAUUGAAAAAUAAAUAUGCAAGGUUGUUCAUACUCUCCCACUCCAAUAGUACAAGUAUUUUUUUAACUUUCCAAGUCUGAUAAUAGUAGCCAUUCUCUUUAGACUAAUAUAAUCUUCACAAUGCGAAUGUGUUUCUUAAGACCACAUAGUUUCAAAAUAUGACUAAUAGUGAGAUUGACGGAGCCUAUGUUAUAUUGGAAUGUGGACUAUUGAUAUUGCCAUUUGGUGGACUAGUGAUGGAUUUUUGUUUGAAUAUUUGUUACACCAACAAAUGGUUCACUCAAAGUGUUCGCGAAGUCAUCAGUUAGCUUUAAUAUUGUACUUUUACUCAAAC